AAUUAAAUAAAUGAAAAAGAGAAAAGAAAACCAAAAAUGACCAAACAUACUUUCACCAAAAAAAAUGAAUUGAUGAAAAAAAUAUGGUAAUCUCUCUAAAUUAUUGGGCAAGGCAAAAGUUAUGGGAAAGCAACUCUUUCUCUCUCUUUUCUUUGUACUGCUCCCCAGACAACAAAAAGAAGCCCCCAUUGCAAACUGGAACUUGAUUUGAAAGAAGAGGAAAAAAAUAAGAACUGAAGUGACCCAUCUAUACGUGUAGUGUGCUCUCUUUAUAAAACCUUAAAUAUCUCCCUCCUCUCUCUUUCUCUCUCUCUCUCUCUCUGUCUUUGUCUAUCUCAACUAUAGAGAGUUGCCGGCGGAGAUGCCGAGGCCGGGGCCGAGACCAUAUGAGUGCGUCAGAAGAGCUUGGCAUAGCGAUAGGCAUCAACCCAUUAGAGGUUCCAUCAUUCAACAAAUUUUCAGGGUCGUCAAUGAAACUCAUAGCGUCGCAACUAAAAAAAACAAGGAAUGGCAAGAGAAGCUUCCUAUUGUUGUCUUGAAAGCUGAGGAAAUUAUGUACUCUAAAGCUAAUUCUGAGGCCGAGUAUAUGAACCCAGAUACAUUAUGGGAUCGUCUGAAUGAUGCUGUUAAUACCAUUAUUAGAAGAGAUGAGAACAGUGAAACCGGCGAGCAUUUGCCUCCUUGUAUCGAAGCUGCCCUCAACCUAGGCUGCAUUCCAGUUAGAGCUUCAAGAAGCCAACGACACAGUAAUCCCAGGAGUUAUCUCAGCUCGAGAGUGCAAGAACCUGCUUCGGCACCACUCAGAGUCUUGGAAAAAGCUAAUGAUAAACAAUGCCCUCAGUUAACUUCAUUUCAGUCCAGCAGUCAGAUAAACUUUGCAAGAAGCACUGGGGCUGUGAAUUCAGCAUUUCCGGUUUCAGAAUCUAACCUUCGUUUGACUGAGACUAGUAAUGUUGCUGCUCCUUGCAGUUAUCCUUUAACAUACGAGAAUACUUCUCCUGGUCGUAUUCAGUUGAUGACACAGGACACUAACAAACAACUGAACUUCGGUUCGGUUUACCCUUUGUAUUAUGGAAAUAACUUUCACAUCAAACAGCAGCGUUUGGUUUCCCAAUUCCCAGAGAAGACGAACUCAAACAAUAUAGUUGUUGGUAAACCUAUAAGCACAUCAGUUAGAGAGCCUGCUGAAAUGGGUGUCCUCCAUGACUUUUUCUCCUGUACUGGUGCUGAAAUUUCUGCCAAGAGUAUCUCACAUGCAGAUAUGGGGAAUGGUAAUAAGAAGCCAUUGGGGACGCAAUGUGAUUUGUCAUUACGGUUGGGUCUAUUCGCUGACCCCUGUAUGAGCGUGGAAAGGAAUUCAUUUCAAGAAACUGAAGAUGAUGGUUCAAGCAGUUCUCUUGACAGGGGUAAGUUUAGUGAUUUUUGUCUACACAAGAACAAGGAGUUGCGUCUUUCUCCUAGUAGGAAUACUGAUAUUAUUUUUGAGUCCUGUCCAAUUAAGCAGUCUUCAGUGGGAGAAGAUGAGAAUUUGGAUACAACUUUCAGAAAGCGUAAGGCACCAUUUAGUGACAAUGUGGAGGAUGGACAGUUUUGCUGGCAACCUGAGUUUCCUUCUAAUCGGUUCAUUGGUCGAAUAGAAAGGCCAGGUUUGUAGACAAUGUUUUCGUGUUGUAGUGUAUACUCAUCGAGAUUCAAGAUGUCUCAAUUACGCUGGUCAAUCCAUUUUGCAACCUAUUGGUAUGUGGUUCUGAUCACAGAGACUUACACACUAAGUUGCUUACUGUGAGACUGCAAGUCGGGACUUAGCAAAAAGGUGAAUUGUAAAUGAAAUCUGAAUUUGGUUCUUAUGUUAAUAGUUGGAGAACAUACGAACUCAAGACACUGAAUGACUAUAACAUCUAAUUGAAUUUGACUAGUUUAUAAUGAAAUCAGUAUCCCAAUAUGUUCUCUACAUGAAUAGCUUCUGUACCAUGCAGAAAUCACCUUGCCAAAUUCCUAAGUGGAUUAGCGCCACUGUAACAAGUUCACUAAGUUUUUGUUAAUUCAGAUGUUGGUCUCAACAUUUAUUGUAAGUUAGCUGCAGGCCAUUAUAAAGCUCUUUACAUUGUUCCAUGGGGGAAAAAAGGAAAAAAGGAAAAAUAAGAGGUUCUUUUUCAAAUAGUUAUGUCCACUUAAUGUGGUGGGUGUGGAAGAUUUGUCCAAUGUAAUUUCCUGAAGAAAGGGCAUGAUUUUCAUUGUUCUUAUUUGGCAAUUUUAGAUUAGUAGGUGCCAGAUAAGGUUCUGCAGGUUAAUUGCCCCAUGUGAUGUGAAUCGACUGUUGUUUUCCUUCUGUGUAUAUGUAAGAGCUUGGUUAGGUAACUAGCAUGGAAACUCAGGAUGUUUAUAUUCUGAAGAGCAGUCUAAAUUCUGAAGCAGGCUGUCAUGGAGAGAGAAACCACGUGAGAAUUUGGAAAGGUAUUAUGUCUGUUGUUGCCUUGUUGGUUGUAAGCGUGAUUGCCAUGUGAUUGGGUGUUUUACAUUCCACUGACUAAUUUGAGAAAGUUUAGUUGGUUAUGAUGUUUAACUGUGCGAACGGAAGGACUGUUUGCAAUGGAAGAGGCAAAGUUGAUGGAAUGGUGGAAAUAAGUGCUUUCUCAAAAUCUUAUGCAAUGCCCAUUUGAGCUUCUUUCCUUGACUCUAGGUAGUGAAUUAUUACUAGGAGCUAUAACUUUCCCAGUUGAUAUUGUAAAUGCACGUUUGCAGCUUAGUUUUGGUAGAGUUCAUUAUUGUUGGUAGUAUGUAUAGAUGUAGAAGAAGAAUACUUAUGUGGAAAGCUCUUUCUUUUUGUGUACUUUUUAUUAAUUUUGUUUGCAAUGUUUGAAGCUCUAAAAGCAAUUAUUUAUGUUUUUA